GUGUAAAGCUCUUUAAUCCAUCCUCACCUUCUCCUAACAACCGCAGCUUUAUUUAUACUGAACGCUUCCGGUGCCGCCGCCAAACAUGUCCGAUUUCGAAGAGUUCGAGAAACAGCUGAGCGAAAAUAGGCAAGAGAGAGAGAAGGAAAGGCACAGGAAAAGGAGCCGGAGUGGCUCACCAAGUCGUGGUGAGAAACAUCACACCCGAGAGAAGCGCAAAAGCCGUGAUUGCCGGAGCAGUUCCAGAGAUCAUAAAAAACACAGUCAUUCUCCACGGAAAACAAGAAAGAAAAAGUCAUACAAAUACUGGGAUGUUCCAGCACCAGGAUUUGAACACAUCACACCACUGCAGUACAAAGCUAUGCAAGCUGCUGGGCAGAUCCCUACCAUAGCGCUUCUGGCUACGUCCAGUACGGCAGGAAUGGCUGUGACGCCAGCGCAGGUGCCCGCUGUUGGCAGCCAAAUGACCAGACAAGCGCGACGUCUGUAUGUUGGCAACAUACCAUUUGGAGUCACUGAGGAGUCAAUGGCAGAGUUCUUUAAUACUCAAAUGAGAUUUGUUGGACUUUCCCAAACACCCAGCAACCCUGUGCUUGCAGUGCAGAUCAAUCAGGAUAAAAACUUUGCCUUCCUUGAGUUUCGAUCUGUAGAUGAAACCACACAGGCCAUGGCGUUUGACGGAAUCAACUUUCAGGGGCAGGCACUGAAGAUCCGGCGACCUCAUGACUAUCGACCUCUGCCUGGUAUUUCUGAGCAGCCUGCUUUCCAUGUACCAGGAGUUGUAUCCACAGUUGUACCAGACUCUCCCAAUAAACUCUUCAUUGGAGGUUUGCCCAACUAUCUUAAUGACGAUCAGGUUAAGGAGCUUUUGACAUCAUUUGGACCACUCAAAGCCUUCAACCUUGUCAAAGACAGUGCUACAUCACUGUCCAAAGGCUAUGCUUUCUGUGAAUAUGUGGAGAUUGGUGCCACUGACCAGGCAGUGGCAGGGCUGAAUGGAAUGCAGCUUGGUGAUAAAAAGCUCAUCGUCCAGCGUGCCAGUGUCGGGGCAAAGAAUGCAAAUCCAACUGUGAUCACAGAGAGUCCGGUGAGCCUGCAGGUACCUGGGUUGCAGAGGCUGCAGAACUCAGCCAUGCCCACUGCAGUGCUGUGCCUCCUCAACAUGGUGCUGCCUGAGGAGCUGCUUGACGAUGAUGACUAUGAAGAGAUCCUAGAGGACGUCAGGGAGGAGUGCUGUAAAUACGGCAGCGUGCGCUCCAUUGAGAUCCCUCGACCUGUCCACGGAGUGGAAGUGCCUGGCUGUGGGAAGAUAUUUGUGGAGUACGGAUCAGCAGCAGACUGUCAGAAGGCCAUGCAGGCUCUGACCGGACGAAAGUUUGCUAAUCGUGUUGUAGUCACCAAGUACUACGAUCCAGACUUGUACCACAGACAUGAAUUCUGAAAGGUGCCAGAAGGACAGCGGGAUGUUCGAUUUAUAGUUUCCGACAAACGGUCUGGAGCAGGUUUUUCUUUUACUGUAACACGUUUUUUUUUAUUACCUACAAAUUUGAUGUGAGUAGACCAGCGUAUAGAUUUUUUGAGCAACAUUACAACAUAAAUAACUAUUAAAUAUUUUCACAAGAAUGCUUUUAGCAUUCAUCAUUUCACAUUAUCAAGACAAAAUAUAUGAUCUAAGUAAGACGGUACAUUUCUGUUAACGCAAAACAAAAAUCUAGCUAGCUUUUAUAUCUUAAUUUACAGUGACGUAAUUUUAUUUACAGAAGACAAAUAAUAAAAUGGUUAACUUAUGUGUAUUGCUUCACGCUCAAGCUUAUUGUGUUAUCUGCGCCUAUAUUUAACAAGACUCUCAGAAUCAAUCUUAAAGGAGUGUUUAUUGUGAAUGGCAAAGAAAUACAUGUGCGUGUGAAUGAUGUGAGAUGCUGUAGGUGCUAACCGUAUUGGUUUGUCCUAUACUUAUUGUUACCCGAUGGUACCAAAUCAUCACUGCUGUACCACUGCAUUUUCUCUGGUCCUAAAAAUUGUAAUGUGGCAAUCAUUCUAAGCUCUACUGAUGUAAAUUUCAAGAUCUGUCAAAACAGCUUAACCCACUCGUUAACCACCUUUAGGGUGUCUGGAACAUUUCUCUGUUGCUGAAAGGUGUGUCCUCUGCGUCUGAGUGCAAUCAUUUUGUCAAAUGUUAACUCAGACUUAAGAGUUCUCUCAUAUUUGUAAUCUUGAUCUAAUCUAAUUUUCAAGCAGUUAUGACUGACUUCCUGCGUAAGUGGCUUGAUGAAUAAAGGGUCAGAUCUGUAAUGCAGUAAAUACCUUAAGUUUUAAUUUAGAUUAAAUCCUGGUAUGAUUCAUUUGUAGUUCAAAUGAAAAAUGACACUGUUAUCUAAAGAAAAAUGUUCGAUAAAACAUUUGCUGCUCCUUAUCUUAUGUUAAGGCAAAAAGAAGUGUGUUCAUAUGUGUAUUUAAAGUCUACUAAUGGUGUAAAUACUGUAUUACAGGAAGAUUCACAAGUGUAAGUGUUUGUGUGAGAGAGAGUAAUUGUACAGUAUAUAAUUCUAUUCUAUUUAUACAAUUUAUCUGUAUUUAUUAUGAGUAUGUUGCACCUUAUGUUUAAAUCAGAUUCCAGACAAGUCGAGCUGUGAUUAUUAUUAUUAUUAUUUGUGUGUGUGUGUGUGUGUGUGUGUGUAACUGUAUAAGUGUUUCUGUGAUGUUAGGAAUGUAUCUGGAUUUGGGCUGGUUUAAGUGAACACUAUAGUUUUACAGAUGUUUUAGGACUAUUAGAAGCUGCAACAAAGAAACCCCAGCAGUUUCCUUUAGCCAAAUCACAUUCAUGUUAUAUAUCAUAUUUGAACUCAUAUGCUACCUUUACACCAAUAAGAUUACACAAAUAAAAUGAAAAUCUACAAACGGUAAUCAUUUUAGAACAAAAGUGUUCCAAACUUAACCAAUGCUUAGUUUUGUAAAGUGAAACCUGCAACUGGUUUGGCUGCAAUAAAAGACUGUAUUCUGCAAUA